UGGGCAAGGGUUUGCCCUCUGGGGAUUCCAUGGCUUUCUUUCCUGGGCUGUGGGGUCCUUUCACCCACGUGAGCAGAGCACUCAGCCAGCGCUGUUUAAGCACCAGCGGGACCCUCAGAGCAAUUCAGAAGAUGACGCGGGUGCGUGUGGUGGACAACAGUGCCCUGGGCAACACCCCAUACCACCGCCCUCCUCGUUGCAUCCACGUCUAUAACAAGAGUGGGGUGGGCAAGGUGGGUGACCGGAUACUGCUGGCCAUCAAGGGACAGAAGAAAAAGGCGCUCAUUGUGGGCCAUCGCAUGCCCGGUCCUCGCAUGACCCCUAGGUUUGACUCCAAUAACGGGGUCCUCAUUGAGGACAAUGGGAACCCUGUGGGGACCCGAAUUAAGACACCCAUCCCUACCAGCCUGCGCCAGAGGGAAGGCGAGUUUUCCAAGGUGCUGGCCAUUGCUCAGAACUUUGUGUGAGCAGAGCCCUGCCGCCAGCCGCAGUGGGGCUCAUGAAGGGAGCAGUUCCGAAAACUGCGCCUUUGUUGA